AUGGUCAUGAAGCUAUUCCCCGACGGUUUGGUGGAUCGUGUUGGAGGCUGCGGCCCAUUCGAGGCAGUUGCCAAGCGCUUCUACGAACUAUCUUUCGCGGACCCCAUCCUCUCGGUAUUGUACGCGGAUAAAGACGAGCCUCAUUAUCUCAUGUUCUGCCGUUGGUUCUUUGAGCAAAACGGCCUCACUGACGAGAUGACCAAACGUGGCGGCACUAAGUUCAUCAACGCCAUGCAUCGCAAGGCCCAGAACUGCCCUCUUAGAGCUGAUGCUCCUAAGGAAGCUGGUUAUGUUGGAGGUGGAUUCACCAAGGCCCAAAGGGCUCGUUGGUUGAGGUUCCAACUGCAGGCUUGUGAAGAGUUCAAGCUCCCUAAGGAUUUUGUUCGCGACUACAUUCAUGGUCUCUGUGUAUUCAUGUCUGUGUAUGGUCCCUUCGUUGACUCUCGUGCUGAGGACGGCCCUCAAACUGGGAAGUGCCCCAUGAGCAUGUGCGUCACGACGACUCCUGAGCAGGCAGAGAUGUUUAAAAUACAUCCCAAUAUCCCUGGCUAUGACCUACCUGGUAAGCUCGGCGACUUCCAGAAGAUUACUGUUGCCUGAGCAUUUAAACCACUAGCGCUAUUGAAGUCUUCAUUGUGACGGUGUAAAUGUUCGUACAUUUGUUCCUGUAAUCAAUAUACUUCCUACUGUGCGCAUACUAGUAUAUUUCCCUGUACCAUCACAGGUUUAUCAGAACUUCAUCAUCAUUGAUGGACUUGUACUUUCCAUUGGUCUAUGUCGUAGCGCAGCUGCAGUACAAGCAGUGCUAGCAUUCCUACGCGGCAUAGUUCCGUUCGAAGUUGUUCCGAUAUCAAUGUUUCAGCAUCCUAUGUAUUUGUAUCCUUUCCUCGUGGGAGUCCCCUGUGGGAGUCGACCACAUACCCGCUGCUCCGCAUAAGCGGUCGCUAGCAUCUCGUAUAGAGCGAGUCACUACCCUGUGAG